AUGCUAUCAGAAGACAGUGUCGAGAAGCGUAAUGAGCCGCCCGGCGUCAACUCGCGCUCACUCAGCGUGGCUCAUUCGGCAGCUGACCUUGAGGUUCUUCGCGAGAUCGACAACGUCUACUUCUCGCCGCCCUCGGAGUUUGACGCGGCUCGCUACGUGUUGGAGCACGCGCCGGCACCGGCCACCUGCCAAGCGGUCGAGGAGAUGUUCGUGAAGCUCAAGCGGCAGCAGCAGGUGGUGUCGGGCAAAGCGCUCCACCUGAUAUCCCAGCAGCGCGACAACUGCGACCGCGAGUUCGCCGAGAUACAGCGCAUACGCGCCGAACUCGCCAAGGCGGUGGACAAGUGCCGCGAGGCGAGGCAGCACCUCGGCCACGCGUCGAACAACCUCACCAUGUCGACCUUCGCGAUCCUGAGGAGCGUGAGGAAGCGGCAGAUAAUCAAGUCGGUGCUGAAGUCCCUGGAGCUGCUGAGGAAACUGCGCAGCGUCGAGGCGGACGUGGCGGCGCUGCUCGCCAAGAGGGAGUACUACGAAGCGAUAGACCUGAUACUGAGGAGCAGGAAGGCGGCCGCCCGCCACAAGGAGUACAAAUGCAUAGCGGACCUCUCCUCCCGCCUGCAGGACACCCUCGACAUGACCGAGGAGCGGCUCGACUCGGUGCUGUCGGGCGUCUGCUACCACUUCGACGCGGACGUUUUCGCCAAGCUGAAGAGGGCGUACGACCUGCUGGGCAAGACGCAGGCGGCGAUGGAGCAGCUCCACAUGCACUACUCCUCGGCGGUGAACGAGUCAUCAAUGGAGGCGCUCAGGCCGCACGCGGGCGAGGUCUCGAUCGAGACCAAGUUCCAGGAGAUGUGCCUCGGCGUGGCGGCCAACAAGGCGCCCGGCUGCCUGCUCGAUCUGUGCGAGAAGCUGUUCAAGGUCAUGAGGAGCUACUACCAGCUCGUCGACUGGCACUCGAAGCACGACGACGAGAGGGUCCGAGGGUCGAACAACGUGCUCGAAAUCGAGAGGAACGUUAGCAGGGAGUACAUACGGCAGAAGCUGAAAGCGGGAUUGAUACGCAUCUGGCACGACGUGCAGGCGAAGAUCUCAACGUUCUUAAAGAGCUCCGGCCUCGAGGAGUACCCGUUCGAGAAGUUCAUACAGGUGCUGGGAAUACUGAGGAGGCUCACCCAGGUCGCGGAGGUGUUCUGCGGCGACACCUCCGACCUGCUGCAGGACUUCAUCAGGACGCAGAGCGUCUCGUACAUCGAGAACUACCACAGGGGACGCAUGGAGGAGCUGAAGCUGUUCCUGGAGAACGAGGGCUGGGAGCAGUGCCCCGUGCGGCAGUCGUUCAAUCUGCUGCACCUGCAGGAGUUCAGGCAGUUCAAGAAAUACCUGGGCCCGGCCAAAGCCGAGCAGGGGGCGAAGAGCACCGCCCAGUCAGACACAACCUCCUCGGCCCACUCGCAGGACGACAGCGUGUACAUCGCGCGCCACUUCAGCCCCAAGUCGACGAGCAGCCCCUUCGAGAUGUUCCGCGACGAGGGCGUGACGAACGACGACAUAUUCGGAAUCGAACCGGAACCGGGGAGCAGCGACUCGGACGAAGAGCCCGACGAGCUCAGAGCGGACUACGUGGAGGACGCCGAGGGGGAGAGCCCCGCCAGGGCGCGGGGCGGCGUCAUAGUGACCAGCACGACGCUCUCCGUGCUGAGGAACUGCGGCCAGUACCUGCAGAUCGGCCGCUACCUGCCGCAGAUCUCGCUCGAGGUGGUCGUGAUCAUGAACCAGCUGUUCGACUACUACUUCCACGCUGUACACGAGUUUUUCACGGCCGACCUGGACGUGGCGUCCGCCACGCUGUACACACCAAAGCUCAGCGCCGCCCUCAAGCGGAUUUCGAACAGCGUCGGCGCGGAGGGCGGGAGAUUCCUCCGUCCGGAGCCGCCGCGCCAAUUGGACUUGACGUCGGAGGCGGACCUCCACGGACUCGGCGAGAGGAUAGUCGCCGUGGAGAGCGCAAUAUUCCUCGCCCGCCAGUACCAACUGCUCCAGCCGUACCUGGAGACGAUCGUGGCGCAGCACCAGAGGAUGAUAUUGGAGCACUUCAGCGAGAACACCCUAGCGGCGGCGGUAGACCUCCGCGCACCAGUGUACAUGUGCUCGGCGUCCAGGGCUGUCGACGCCAGAUCCGCUCUGGUGGCGAUGUCCCAGGUGAAGUGGGACGUGAAGAGCGUGGCGGUCGAGCACAGCCCUUACGUUGACAUGAUAGUGAGGAGGGUGCAAGUCUUCGCGCUCAGAUUGGAGAACGUGGCCGCGAAGGUGUCACUGAACCGGGAAGUCCUCAACUCCGUCUGGUCGAUGGUGUCGAAGUUCGUGGUCCACCUGCUAGUGGAGGGAUUCUCGAACGCGACGAAGUGCUCGAACGGCGGCAGGGGGCUGAUGCAGCUGGACUACAGGCAGCUGUUCGUUAAGCUGGAGAAGAUAUCGGGUCUGAAGCCCGUCCCCUACCAGGACUACGUGGAUAGGUACGUCAAGGCGUACUACCUACCCCGCAGCGGCCUCGAGGAGUUCAUAACGGAGAGGACUGAGUACUCGGAUAAGCAUCUCUUGGCGCUGGUGACAUGCGCCUGCGAGAACAAACGGGACAGACAGGCCCUGACUGCAAUCAUCGAAGGAAGGGAGCCCCCAACU